UCGAAGGGAAUAGUGAGUUUUGAAAAUUUUGACAACGACCUCGAGAAUGGCAGAUAAUCAACAAAGUAGAUUUGAAAAGUCCCUUGGUUUAUUAACGACUCGUUUCGUCACUUUAUUACAGAAAGCAAAGGAUGGCGUCCUCGAUUUAAAAGUAGCAGCUGAUAUUUUAGAAGUUCGGCAGAAAAGGCGAAUUUAUGAUAUUACUAACGUUCUUGAAGGUAUUGGACUCAUUGAGAAGAAAAGUAAAAAUAGUAUUCAAUGGAAAGGAGCAGGACCAGGUUGUAAUACACAAGAAGUUGGUGAAAAAUUAACUGAUUUAAAAGAUGAAAUAAGAAAAUUAGAAGAUCAUGAACAAUUAUUAGACAUGCACACUCAGUGGAUUCAACAGAGUAUAAAAAAUAUAGAAAAUGAUUUGAUCAAUAGGAAAUAUGCAUAUAUCACUUAUGAAGACGUUAAAGAAAAUUUUCCUGAUGAUUUUGUAUUAGGAAUUCAAGCUCCUCCUGAUACAAAAUUAAGUGUACCAAAUAUAACACAGACCUCUGAGGAAGAUGAUAAAGAAAUAAAUUAUGAAAUGUUCCUAAAAAGUAAUUCAGGUGAAAUUAAGGUAUAUAUGAUUCAACCAGAACUAGCUAAAACAUACGAUAAUAAAAUAUUGGAAAUGAGAUUACAAGAGGAAGUAAAAGGUACAAAAAGAGGAAAGGAAGAAGAAGAGAAAAAGGAGGAAGCUAAUGUUAAACCAAAGAGAAGAGUUGGAAGGCCUCCAAAAGGGACCAUUAAACCUGAUCCUGUUAUAUCUGAUGAAGAUGAAGAAGAUGAUGCAGAAUUAAUAGAAGCAAAGAUAGUACUUCGGGAUGUUAGUACAUCAGAUAUUGCUCAAAAAGAUUUAGAAUUAUUUGAUCAAAUUUAUUCUGACAUUUAUGGACCAUUAGUAAGAUUAAGUCCACCACCCAGUGAAAAAGAUUAUCACUUUAAUCUUAGUGAAAAUGAAGGAAUUUGUGAUUUGUUUGAUAUUACAGCAAAAUGA